CAGUCCAUCUCCUCACACAUACCAGGAGCCAUCAUGGCCUCCGCACUCUCUGCCCUGCUGAGCCUUGGGCUAUGCCUGGGCCUGGAGAUGGGAGAUGAAGCUUCUCUUCCAGACACGUUCACCAGACCCUCCCUCUGGGCUGAGCCAGGCACUCUGAUCCCUGUGGGAACAAAUGUGACGCUCUGGUGCCGAGGCCCUGCUGGGACAAGGCAGUACCACGUGCCCCGAGUAGGGCUGGAGAGCCCAUCCUGGCCUCAGACAGAGGCGGAGUUCCCCAUCCCAUCUGUGGCAAGGGAGGAUGCAGGACAGUACUGCUGCCUCUAUCGGGGCCGGUCCGGCUGGUCUCGGUGCAGCCACCCCCUGGAGUUGGUGGUGACAGGUAUAUAUGAGAAGCCAACCCUCCUGGCCCUGCCCAGCCACUCGGUGGCCACAGGGAAGGCCGUGAUCCUCCAGUGUGAGGCGGAAUCCAGAUCUGACAGGUUUGCUUUGUACAAGGAGGGAGAUGCCCACACCCACACAGGCUAUGAAUGGAGGUCUCAGGCCAGCUUCCCCAUCCCUGCUGUAACCAGAGCCCACGAGGGCACCUAUCGAUGUUACAGUUUUUCCAGCAACUUCCCCUACCACUGGUCGGGUCCCAGUGACCCCCUGAAGCUCAUUGUCACAGCUCCUGACCUCACUCCUGUGCUCCUUCCCAGAAACCUCUCCAAGGCCUGGAACUCAGGACAACCUAUUGAGAGCUCCCUCAGGUCUCCCGAGGCUCUGGGAAGGCAUCCUGACAGGCGUCUCACUACUCUCCACCUUGCUCUUCCUCUUCUUCCUCCUCCUUUGCCACCACCAGCAUCUGGCCAAGCUCAAUACCGAGGGCAGAGCGGCAGAAGACAAGGAGACCCUGAGGAGCUACAGCCCAGCUGGGGCCGUGCAGGAACAGACCCUGUACACAGCAGUGAAGAACAGCAGACAGAGCAGACCAGAGGACCCGGCUGCCCGAGACCUCCAGGAAGUGACCUACGCCCAACUGAUGCACCCAAGCCUGACCUCAGACUAGAACAAAAGGAGACACUUGCAGGGUGUUUCACAGUUCACAAAAGGAAGUCCGGCGGUCGUAGAAGGGCAGGGGAGUCGGCUGGGACACGGCAUAGGGAGGAGCCAGGAAGGGUCAGUGAUAGGAAACUCAUGGCUGGGCUUGUUCCAUCCCCAGUCUGGGCCACCAGCCUUCAGUCCAGCCCCGGGACCACCAUGUCUCCCUGGCUCCCUGCCCUGCUGUACCUCGGACUGUGUCUCAGUGGGAGGAUCAAGGCACAGGACCAUCUACUCCCCAAACCCUCCCUCUGGGCAAAGCCAGACCAUCUGAUGCCUGAGGGGCAACUUGUGACUGUCUGGUGUCAGGGCCCUUCUGGGGCUGUAGGUUACAAGCUGGAGAAAGUGGGAACCUUUUGGUUUAUGUUGUCCUACCCUAAUGGGAAUAAAGCUUCAUUCUUUCUGGGGAAAAUGAGAGUAGAAGCUGCUGGUCUUUACCGCUGUCACUACUGGACCUCAUCUGGCUGGACAGAGUCCAGUGACCCUCUGAUGCUGAUUGUGACAGGCCAAUAUGACAAACCCAUCCUCUCUGUCAUGCCCAGCUCUGUGGUGGCCCCAGGGCAGACUGUGACCUUCCACUGUCAAUCUUUAUAUGGCCUGGAUGGCUUCAUGAUGUCUAAAGACCAAGCAGACAACAUGACCCCUCAUUAUGAGUGGAAGACUCUGGCCAGCUUCUCCAUCCAGGCUGUGACAGCUGCUCAUGGGGGCACUUACCGAUGUCACACUUUCCAUAGUGACUUCCCUUAUGUGUGGUCAGCUCCCAGCAAUCCCCUGGUCCUCAGGGUCACAGACACUCCUGAAGAGCACAGCCUCCCAGUUCCCAGGGAACCAGACCCCACAAGUCGAACCUCCUCUCCAAAGCUUUCUAACCUGCUGUUUGGUCUCCCCAGGCUCAUAGCAAGCAUCCUGAUGGGCAUCUUAGCCCUCAUCAUCCUGCUUUUCCUCUUCCUUCUCUUCUUCCUCCUUCGACGCUGCAGCCAACAUCAAGCUAGACUCAAGACCAGGGGCAAAAAGGCAGAAAUCAAGGAGUCCCUGAGAAGCUCUGACUCAGCUGGGACCCCCGUGGAGGAGACUCUGUAUGCUGCUGUGAAUGACGACAGACAGACAGAGGAGGCCAGACAAGAAGACACGGCUGUUCCCAAAAGGGAAGACCCUCAGGAAGUGACCUAUGCCCAACUGAACCCCAACAGCCUCAAGGCUGGGGCCAAGGACCCUCCUCCUUCUGGACCAGUGGAGCCCAGCCUCUAUGCCUCCCUGAGGGUAUCUCCUGGCCAGAUAGUUCUAAUGCAGACCAAAGAAACAUUGCCUAUUGUUCAUUGACCAGAACAAUAUCAAGCCAAGUGAGUGACCACUUCUCCUGCAAAGCCUGGUCAUACGUCAAAUCAUCUGGUGCUUUUGUGACCUACUGACUUUUCUGUGUCCAUGUCUAACCUCAUAGGUAGUGUGGACCAUCAUUUUCUGUAUGUUUUAUGGCUAACCUUUUUUCCCUGCCUUGAGAGUCUCUACUAAAGAAAUCUGGGACAGAAGAGACGGUGUCUCUGGGAUCGUCCUUACUAAAACUUUCUUCAACAACAUUUGGAGAGCAGAAAUUGCAUUUGUAUCCCCAGAGCAUACCUCAGUGAAGUGCCUGGCUCAUAGUAGGUACUACUAAAUGCUCAUUGAUGUAUGAAUUAGUUGGUUGGAUUCCCUGAGGAGCAAGAGCUGAGUAACAACGAGCAAUUAGUUAAAAAGACUAAAACAAAGAGACUGUGCCAGUAAUAACCAGAUAGUCUGAGCUCAAAAAGUAACCCUUUUAAUGAGGAAGAUACUGUGUAUAGAAAUACAGCAACUAUGCCUUGGAUUGAGGAUAAAGGACCCCAUUUUAAAUGGGGGGGGAGGCUCAACCCAGAGUCUCCAGGUAUUAUGAUCUCUCACAUAAGAUAUGUAUGUCCAUAUAACUUGUCUAGCAUGUUUUGGUGGAGGCCUGGGGAGAUAUGAUCAUAGGCCCACUUAUUAGGAGAGGAGAAGAGCCAAUAGCCAUACCUGAAUGGAUACACAGGGCCCCGAAGUGCCACCAAGAACACCAAGUAUCCUUAUCUUUGGUCUCUGAGAGGAGACAUUUGGCUAGUAUUGUAUCCAUUUACUCUUCCCUUAAAUAUCUCUUGUCUAGAGGCAAAAGUCUGCAUUCAGAAGGAAAGCUAUUUCCUUGUUUGCUCUUGGAGGAUGGAGUAGCCCUUAGCUUACACUAACCAGCUUAAUUCCUUCCCACCAAAUGCUGGUCACACAAAUGACAUCACAGUUAACAGUUAGUAAAUGUAUUUAUCCAGGCAAAACAGUAAACAGAAAUUGGAAACAUUCUACAGACUGGAAUGUAUCCAAAUCCACAGGCUGAAUGUAGACCCACACUCAGCCCUGACCACCCAUCUCUGUUGACCACAGAGAUCACUGUCCAGCCCCAAUGCCUCACUCCCUUCACCAGCCUCCUGGGUGAAGGAACAGACUCAGGCCUGUACCAGCUCUCUCUGCAACAAUCUUUGAGGACUGUGAGCUCCUCUUACCAUCUGCUACCCAUUAUUACCACUAUGGUUUUUCCUGUUUUUCUCCCUAUCCCUUAAAAUAAUUAGUCAGCUACCAUUUAGUAAAAAACUAUCCCCUGCUUACUCUUCAUGUUUUCUUGUCCUCAUCCUCUUCAACUCAACCCCAACCAUGUCUGAAGAAAACCCUAUCCAUCCUUUCUUCUGUGUCCUCUGAUAUUCCAAUUCCAUAGCAAUCUUCCCUUCAUCCUUAGACCUCUUCCUCUCAUACUCCUUCCAUCUAUUGACCAUCUAUUAUAUCUUGUUCUCCUCUGAUGACCCUGUAGAUCCAGCUACCCUCUCUAAAACUUCCCUCACUUUCUGUAUGUUCUCUCACAUCUCAUGCUAACACUGAAGAGAAUUAAAUAACUUGAAGGAAUGACAAGGUGCAGUGAGGGAUCUUUUUUUAAAAAGUAGGAGCAUUGGGUUUGCUUGUAGGUAACAGGAAUGAAACCAGCAGGUAGGGACAGAAUGAAGAGUAGAGAAGUAAGGAGGUGAUUUGGAGGAAACUUAGCUAGAGGAGACGAGAAGUGAUGGCAUGUGAGAAAAAGGGACCCUUCUUCAUAAGAGACCAGAGUAAAGGAGGAGAGGGUGCAGAUGGUCAAUCAGUCAAUCAACAAACAUUUACUAAUGCCAGGUUUGGGGCAGGCACUGUGCUAGGUACUUAGGAUACAAGGUAAAAAAUAAACAAUCCACACUCUCAAGAAGCUUCUGAUGACAAGGAGUUUUGAGAUUAGUAGAAGGGCAAGAAGGAAACUCAUGGCCAAAUGCCCCUAAUUUCUCAACAAAGUAUACCUACUGAAAUAACUGGUGAUAGAGGAGGCUUGGGGAAAGAAAAGAAGAGAAUGUUUGGGACUGCCUCUGAGGGGGAUGUAAUAGAGAACUGAUUAGAGGGCAAUAAAAGGUUUGCCUUGCUUCAGUGAGAGCUCACUUAACAGCAGAUAACAAAAUGUAUAGACCUCACAGCUUUAUGACUUCUUUCAACUCCAUUCAGCUGCAUGGGAGUAGGAAUAGGAGACAGAUGGUGGGAAUAAUCGAGGGCUGGGCUUUUACAAGGUAGGAGCAGGGGUAGAACAAGACAUCUGAGAGGAAAAUAAAGGUUCAUGUUGAAUCUGUUAUCUAUGGUACGGAGACUGUGAAUGGAAGAAAGGGAAGUCAGAGCAGAGAUGAUGGUUUGGGAAGAUGCUAUGAUGAACAGAAAGGAGUUCACAGGGAGAGUGAAAAGUGUAAGAAUGUCAGCUCCUUCAGAACAAAAGCACCAGUUUGGGUUUUGCCUUCAUCUCCGCAGGACCCAACCUGGCAGGCACGUCAUAAAUGCUUUUUUUGGUGAAUGAAUGAAACGCAGAGUGGGAAAGAGAGAGGGGCACAAAGAGGGACAGACGGAGACAUAGAAGACAGAGACAAGGACAAGCCCUUUCAUGCUGGUAUCCGAGUUAAGAAUAACACAAAAAGAAUAACAAAAGAAACACGGAUUUAUCUCAGCAUUUACCAGUGAGGGUGAGGAAGUGGCGAGAACCCCAGGUUUGAAGUCAGAGGAACUGUCUAGUCUGUCUCUUUUGCUACAUAGUAUUUGCAUUGAUGGCCACCCUAAUGCAAUGCCUCUCCCCUCUCACACCAGUUUCCGGAGAAGGACCACCACCACAGGGUGCUAAAGGCACCUCGAGGUUCUGAACUCCUCCUGCUCUCCCGUUCUACCUCAUGAGGCCCCAGCACUGUCCUUCCCUUUACAUACUUGGAAGUAGACAGAGCAUGCCUGUCUCCCCUAUCCCCCCACCCCACCACUUUCAUAAAUAUUAAGAAAGCAUUCUAAAAUUAUUCUAGUCUGAAAUCUUUAGACUAAUCUGAAAGAUUAGUCAGUCUUUUGUUAACUAUCACUUCCAAAACAAUGUCCUACUCUCCUCUUUCGAAUCAGCUCAGGAAGGAUUUCUACUUUGAAGUUACUAGAGCAGUAACCAGACAAGGGCAGGAAUCCCCUAACUGAUGAAUUUAGGGGUGACAUAGGCAGACCUGGGGCUUAGGAAGAUCACUUUGAAAGCUGAGUGGAGGAUGGACUGAAAUGAGGAGAGACUUGAGGCAAGCAGACCACCCCCCAACAGUGAUGGCAAUAAUCCAGGCACAAAAUAAUGAGGCCCUACAUGAAAAUAGUGGCAGUAUCAGAGGAGAGACGGGGAUAUAUACAAGGGUGGUAAGGCUGACCUACACAUGUGGCAUGGGAGUGUCAUUGGAGGUGGCCAGCCUCUUCUUCCCCAACCCUUCUCCAAGGGUCAUUCUGCCAGGAGAGGAAGAAGGAAAUAGGCCAGAGAUCACCAUUCUGCUCUUCUCAGAGAGAGAGGUAAUAGGCUAAAAGUGUAUCUAUCUGUUCCCUUAAAUAUUAGCCUAAGGAUGUGUUUUCAGGUUAAUGCUAACUUCUGAUCACUGUUUCAUUAAAAAGAGGGAAAAGAAAACCCUAGGCUCUAUAUCUAAGACUUGACUCCCUUACCACCAAACAUCAUUAUCACAACAAACAUACAAAAUAAUUAGCAAAGAAAUUCAUUUAUCCACAUCAUAGCAAAGCUGGAAUCAGAGAAAGUGUACAUAGAAUAUACACCAGACAAUAAUGAGUGAAGGAGCUCUCUCAUUGGCAGCAGCAUAGCUCAGCUCUACCAAGAGAGAAGUUGCUGGAUCUAACCCAAGGCAAAAUGCCUCAAAGUCUCUAGGGUAGCAAGCUGGGGAAAGGGACAUGAGGGAGAGUGCCAGCUCCUCUCAGGUCUUCCCAGAGUCUUUUCCUUCAACAACCUGAAAUGGAGUUGGCCUUGUCCAUCUUCUCUCUUGAAGCACCUGAAGUGACUGGAAGAAAACUGAAGAUCUUUCCUCUCUCUGGUUCUUCCCAACUCUGGCUAUCCUCUCACACAGGGCUGGGCAUUUAUCCCCACCAACUAGGAGAAUGUCCAACACCAAUGGGCUUUGGAGCUCCAGUUACAUUCCUCCCUUAGGCUGAAACUCUUUGCAGUCCAUUGCAAAGAUCAGCUGAGGCAGGUCCAAAACCUGUCAUUAUAUAGCAUAAACACAAACAUCAGCACUUUAAAACAACAAGGGUGAGUUUUCUGCCAUCCCAGGUAACCAAACCUAAAUAAAACAAAUGUUUGUUAACAAACAUGCAGUAUAUCAGCAAUACCACUGCUAGGUAUGU